AUGGAGGAGCUUCUGUUGAGUCUCCUGUACCCUCCUGGAUCUCACCCAGCCGUCAGUCUCCUGCGGCUGCCCGGGCACAAGGCGGACUUGUGGGAGCUGCCCCUCUUCCUGCUCUGCUCAAGUCUGUUACCAGGAGCCCGGGCAAAGGAAGAGGCUGCCAAUCAGUCCCCUGUUAUCUUUGCCUUCAGCUCAUCCAAGCAUUUCUUGGAGCUGUUCGGUGCUCGGCCCCCUGUGGCCGCCAGCAAGCCCAGCCUCACAACCCCACAGGUGGCAAAGCGGGAUCGCCCCCAUUUUACAGGGUAUCUGGUGCACGGGGACGAGAGGCUGGGAAUGAGCCGCCCCAGCCAAUUGCUCAGAGACACCCGGAGGUUCUACUGGGACUUCACGAUGCUUCUCUUCAUGGUGGGCAACCUCAUCAUCAUCCCGGUGGGCAUCACCUUCUUUAAGGAGGAGACCACGGCCCCCUGGAUCGUCUUCAAUGUGGUCUCUGACACGUUCUUCCUCAUGGACCUGGUGCUGAACUUCCGCACAGGGAUAAUCAUCGAGGACAACACGGAUAUCAUCCUGGACCCGGAGAGGAUUAAGAAGAAGUACCUGAAGACCUGGUUCGUGGUGGAUUUUGUCUCCUCCAUCCCCGUGGAUUAUAUUUUUCUCAUCGUGGAGAAGGGCAUCGACUCGGAGGUGUACAAAACGGCCCGGGCCCUCCGCAUCGUCCGCUUCACCAAGAUCCUCAGUCUGUUACGUCUGCUGCGCCUUUCCCGGCUCAUCCGCUACAUCCACCAGUGGGAAGAGCUUGUGGCCAGCCUGGAUUAUUGUUAA